GUCAAUAAAUAUCGAAAAUUUUCUCAAAGAACUUACAAAAGUAACGAAAGAUGUGGCGAUUCCUUAUGUUAUUUAUAUUGAUUUGUGUGUUUAAACAAUCAAAGGGGGAGGAAUUCGAAGAUUUAACUAGUAAGGAAACAUCGGUAAACGAUAUAGAAAAAACUAUCAGAAAAAUAGAGCGACUAACCAUAGACGCUGAGAAGACUCGUCGCGAGCGAAUAGUUCCUAUGGAAGACACGGAAAAACUCUAUGAUAAAAUCGCUAGGUUAUUAGGUGACUUAACUGAACUUAUAGCAGCUAAGAACAACACAUAUACAUUCUUCAAACUACAUGGCGUUGACACAGUCAUCAUACCUAAUAUAAGAACAACGUAUGUCUCCUUACGAGGCCAGCUUCUGAAUCUUAUCAAGACAUUAUUUAACUCGGCACCGACCACCACUAACACGUUAUUACCCAUCAAUAUUGUUGAUAUGUUGCUCGAUGUUUUCGAAAAUGAUGACAAUUUGGCACUAAAAGCACACGCCUUAGAUAUUCUUUUCUUUUGGCUUCCAAAUAACCCAAAGUUACAAGCGCGGGUGAUGAAAGUAAAAGGCCUGGAACCGUUUUACAGGCAAAUAUCGAAACUAGAUUCGGAAGUUGUUUUUAAAAUGUUAGAUCUGUUUAACACGGUUUUGGAGGAACAUUUGGCUGCGCGAAACAAAGACCAAAGGAACAGAAUCGACUAUGAGAAUUUUAGAAUGUAUCAGAUGAUAGGUUUGAUUGAAAGAAUGUCUACUGUAAUGGUAUGUGAUGGCCUUCUAAAUAUUUUCAAAGUAGCUGUGACGUUUAGCGAAAAUGCUGAAGAGGUUUUAGCACCAGUUUUUAAACUGAUGAAAAAUAUAAAGCCGUAUUGUAUAAAGCUAUAUAAAUCGAAGGAGUCCGCGGUAGAUAUAUUUAAUGAUAUGCAUAAGUAUAUAAGAGAUAAUAAAGAUAUUAAUUUUGAGGCGUUAGGACUGAACUACACCGAAAUAGAAUUUAUUUUAAAUGAUUAUAUUGAACAACUACGAGAAAAUUACAAAGAUGAACUGUAAAUGCGAUGAAAGUAUUAUAGUCGAUUUCGUUUUUAAAAACCUGAUAAUAAAUAUAUUUUGCUUUCAUCUGUUGCAAAAUCCAGCAAAGCAUACCUAUUUUUUUAGUCCUUAGAUUAUACAACCGAGAACUCCGCGCUAAAAGUAUUAUUGUAUGACCUUUGAAAAUCCUACAUAACAUUAAAAUAUUUCAUUGUUAAACUGCUUAACAAUUAGAUAAACGCGGACCCUCCACGCAAUAUCGACCGCAGAUAAUUUUGAUCCAGCAUUGUGCAAUCCCAUAGACUGAGCGAUAGAGAAUAAGACACAAUGCGAUACGAUCAAUUGUUAUUUUAUGAUUUAUUGUGCGCUGACUCGAUCUGUUGCUACUUAAUUUAUUAUUAUGGCAAUACUUACAAACGUCAAAAAGGUUAUCUUAAACUUCAGCUCACAUACCUUCUGUAUGCAUUACCUUAAUUCUAUGUUAUAAAUUUAAAUACUCUUAAGAUGGGAAAAUAACCUAUGUUUGUAUUAUGCGUUAUGCGUUGUAUUUUGACAGUGCUACGAGAGUAAGCGCCGAGCUACGCUCGCCAUUUGUCUCUUCACAAGUAACAUAUUUUCUAAAUAAAAAUAUUUGUAAAUCAACGUUAGUUAAACGCUCCGCUCAAAUAUGCAAUACCUGUUUAAAUCUGCGAAAAUUAUAAUAAUAAAAAUAUAACAGUAAUUGGCCAUUUGAAGUUGUCACAUUUAACUUUUUCCCAAAGCACCAACAUUAUUCUUCUUCGUUAUUGUCAAGUUUCACCGCAAUAAUUAGUUUAUGAUCAAUUCAAUACAAUAUCAUUAGAACGACAACAGCGCACUGGGUGGCCGCCAUUUUGUUUCUUUUGUUAGUUGUUC